CCCAACCCGCACGUCACGUAAAACAACGCAUAGAGCAAUCGAUUCUUUUUGUUCGAAGUAAUCUUUUUUUCCCCCUUGAAUUCCACCGAACCCAUUUUCUGUGAUUCCCCAAAACAUCAAAUUCUAUGUCCAAAAUCCGUGCUUUUCCUUGUCGGGAGUAGCUCGUGACGCUUAGAAGGACAGCGAUGGGAUCGGCCGCGGUUGCGAGUUCUUCCCUACGGACCGAUGUGGCGAUCUCGGCUCUGCGUCAGAAGCACGAAUUGGAGCUGGAGAAUCUGACGCUGACAACACAACCCUUGAAUACAUCGAAGUUCUUUGUUCUCGCUAUUGUUCAGUACAUCCGGCAAUCAAUAUCGUAUCUUUUGGCCCAUGGGGGUUUGUUCAUGCUUUUAAGUACUUUGGUAGCGGCAUUUGGCGUCUUGCUUGUGAUGGUCGAUGGACCUCAUGGAAAGCACGUUGAAGAACUAUCAGAGUACAUCCGAUUUGGGUUAUGGUGGAUAGCUCUUGGGGUUGCAUCUUCAAUUGGACUUGGAUCUGGCCUCCACACAUUCGUUCUCUAUCUGGGUCCCCAUAUUGCCUUGUUCACCAUAAAGGCAACACAAUGUGGCCGAGUUGAUCUAAAGUCCGCACCAUAUGAUACAAUACAAUUGAAGCGAGGUCCUUCAUGGCUUGAUAAACCUUGUUCUGAAUUUGGGCCUCCAUUAAUUACAUCAGCUCCCGGACAUCGUUUGCCCCUUACCACCAUAUUGCCUCAGGUCCAAUUAGAGGCAAUUCUAUGGGGUGUUGGGACUGCUCUAGGGGAGCUUCCUCCUUAUUUUAUCUCGAGGGCAGCAAGUCUUUCUGGGAGCAGAGUGGAUGGCAUGGAAGAAUUAGAUUCUUCCUCAGCUGAGGAUAGUGGAUUUAUGGCUAACCUUCUGAACCGCAUAAAGCGAUGGCUUUUGUCUCACUCUCAACACUUGAGUUUCUUUACCAUCCUGGUUCUCGCCUCGGUCCCGAAUCCUCUCUUUGACCUCGCUGGAAUAAUGUGUGGACAAUUCGGGAUUCCUUUCUGGGAAUUUUUUCUGGCAACUCUAAUGGGUAAGGCAAUCAUCAAAACUCACAUACAGACAAUUUUUAUCAUCUGCGUGUGUAAUAAUCAGCUUCUCGACUGGAUGGAGAACGAGUUGAUUUGGGUGCUUAGCCAUGUGCCUGGUUUGGCCUCUCUUCUGCCUGAUCUGACAGCCAAACUUCACAGCAUGAAAGCUAAGUACCUUGACACUCCACCUCCUGUUCCUUCCCAUGUCAAGGUCAAGAACUGGGAUUUCUCGUUUGCAUCAAUGUGGAACGGGAUCGUAUGGCUAAUGCUCCUAAACUUCUUCGUCAAGAUCGUGACAGCAACUGCCCAGAGACACCUGAAGAAGCAACAGGAGAAGGAGUUGGCCGCCCUGACUCAUUCAGAUUAAGAAAAUCCCACAAAGAAAGAUCAGGAGAAUCACAUUCUUCCCUGUUUUCCAAUGAAAAGAAUACCCGAGGAAAACCCGAGAGAGGAAUAACGAAAACGUCUUUGGCUUCCUCGCCCCGUCGAAGCAUUGUUAGCAGAUAGGGAAAGCAAGAGAGAAACUGUCUGGAUUGAUGGAUCAAUCCAGGGUUUGAUCAAUGCAUAGGAAAUAGGGAGGAUCUGGGAAUCGAGGAGAGGUUUGUUUUUGGAUCCUGUGAUUCUGGACAAGUUUGGAUAAAGAAAGAAAGAAGAAGAUAUUCCUUUUGUUGAACUUGUUAUUCUUAUUCUUUUGCAAAUGCAAAAGGACAACGUUCGUCUCUUGUUAUCGUUGUUGUGAUUUUACC